UUCCCGCUCCCCGCCUGCCCGGCUCCCGCUCACACGCGCCCCUCCGGCCGCUCCCCGCCGGCCCGGCUCGCCGCUCACACGCCGCCCUCGCCGCAGUGCGCCUGGCAGCGCUCUCCGCUCUCACGACCCCCGACGCCAGCACGCGCUCCCCGGCCGCACGCCCCCCGCGCAGGCGCACUCCCCGCUUGCCGCCCAGACAACCCCCGCCCCCAGGAUCGGCGAGCGUGCUCGCCGCUCAGACGCCCCCCGCGCGCCGCCGAGCUCUCAGAGGCCCAGCCUAAGUUCCCCGCCUGGCGCCUGCGCCAGGGUCUGCGAGAAGGCCAUGGAGCCGGCCAUGGAGCCGGCCCUGGAGCCGCCCCGCGCGGCCGAGGGAAGGCUGCCUGAGGCGGGGCGCCGUGAGGGCAGAGGCGAGCGGGCGCCUCCCGGGCCGCUGCUCUGGGGCUGCGCAGCCGCGAGCGGGAUGGCGGGUGUGCCUGUGGCUCCACUCCGUGGCUGUGGGCAGGUCGGUUUCGGCAGCUUCCCGCGCGCGCGGGCGUCGCCGCCGCUGCCUCUGCGCCCCCAGCGGCCCGCCGUCCUCGAAGCCUCUGUGCGCGCCGGCUCCGGUGGGCGUCUCGCCCCGGUGACGCGCGGAGAGACCAGGAGAUGGGAUCCUGGAGCUCAGGAGGAUGGACUGAGGCAAGUUCUGGAGGAGAUGAAAGUUUUAUACGAGCAAAACCUACCUGAUGUGACUGCGCUCCACUUGGCCUGUGCCAAUGGCCAUCCAGCGGUGGUGGCUCUCCUCCUGGAGAGAAGAUGCCUGCUUAACCUCUGUGACAGUGAAAACAGGACCGCGCUGAUGAAGGCCGUAGAAUGCCAAGAGGAGGAGUGCGCGACUCUCCUGCUGGAGCACGGCGCCGACCCAAACCUCACGGAUGCCAAUGGCAACACCGCGCUCCACCACGCUGUCUUUUGCCAGAAUAUAUCACUCGCAGCAAAGCUGCUUUCCUAUCACGCCAAUAUAGAAGCCAGGAACGAGGAUGACCUCACACCACUAUUAUUGGCCAUAAGUGAAAGGAAACAGCAAAUGGUGGAAUUUUUAGUAAAGAAAGAAGCAAAUGUACACGCGGUUGAUAAGAUGAAAAGAACCGCCCUCAUCCUUGCUGUCAGUUACGAGUCUAUGAGUGUCGUCAGCCUUCUCCUGCAGCGAGGUGCUGACGUCUUUUCUCAAGAUGUCUUUGGACGGACUGCAGAAGAAUAUGCUGCUCUGAGUGGUUUUAAUAUCAUUUGCCAACUGAUCUCUGAAUAUAAAGAAAAGAGGCCGAAAACUCCUCCCGAAAAGAGCAACCCAGUGGAUACGAGUUCUGAAGAAGACUCUUUAAGCAGGUUUUCCAACAAACCUGGUGCUGACUCAUGGCCUCCGUCAGAUGAUGAAGUCUUAGAUUUUGAGACCAAGAUACAAGCAGCAUCUGAAGAAAAUUUACAGCAGUUCCAAGAGGAGCAUAUUGCUUCCAUAAGAAGUCAGAUGGAACUCAGAAUUAAAGACUUGGGAUCUGAACUCUCCAAGAGGAAAACUUUUGAAGAUUCUAAUGAAGCAGAGUUGGAAAAAUAUAAGCAACGCUACCUAGAGAAACUAAAAGAAAGUCCUUGGAAAAGAAACUAGACAAGACUAAUGAGCGCCUGGCAGAGAUCAGCACCAAACUUGAGGUGGAGAAACAGCAGAAGAGAUCUUUACUCAGCACUCCUAGCAGCACGCUAGUCCUGGAGCCCUCUUCUGUUGGAAAUUUCAAUCCUACUUCAGGGUUCAAUGCAAAUCUUCUUUCAAGAGCAAUUGUAGGGUUUUCUACCUCAAUUCCACACCGUUCAAAUGACAGCGUGGAGACUUACUUGACCAAGAACGGAACCUUUCUUUUAAAAAAGACAACUCCUGCCGGAACCGUGUUACAUAAAAUGGAGACAAGCAUAGAGCCUUGUAGCUGAAGAGCGGCCAGAGGCCCCGCAGCUGUGACUUCUCUGUUCCUCAACCCUGCAGUGACCCCUGUGGGACCUUCCCCGUCUAUGGGACACAGUUCAGAAACACACUUAGGAGAGAAUCCCUCUGGCUAAGCAUCUUCAGAAUCGAAACUUGCUGGUACACUGUUUCUUGUGUGUCAAUUUUCUCACCUUUCUGUCUUUUCCUUAAAUGGAAAAGUUUGAAGAAAAUCAGAGAUGUGUUUGUUGUUCUCCUUGUUAACAUUCGACUUCAGACUUCUUCCUCCAUUUGAACAUGAUUUGAACGUUGCAGCGGAUUCUUAACCACUGGACCACCAGGGAGGUAGACAUGUUCAUUUAAAACAGUGCCUGGGAAUUCCCUGGUGGGCCAGUCAUUAGGGAUCUGGGCUUUCACUGCCAGGGGCCCUGUUCAGUCCCUGGUUUGGAAAUUAAGAUCCCACAGUCUGGGAAAAAAGAAACAAAAAAACAAACCGGAAACAAAAAAGCAGUGCCUACAGUUGUGUUGGUCAUCUUACCUUAGAAGGAAGAGUAUUUCGCCCCCACAGAAUUCAAUAAAAGUGGUCUCAUUUUGAAUGAGAAAAAAAAUCUAGCCUAGAAAGA